CCUACCUUCCCUCCCUCUUGGAAAAAACUCUCUCUUCCUUCUUUACAAGAGAGAAACGAACUGAACCCAAUCAAUUUCUCCUCUUUCUCUCAUGCGUUAGUUCUUCUGCAGAGUGAUAGAGCCAAACCCUAGCCCGAUUUUCUCCACAACCCCUACCUUGUCUCUCAUUCCUUUUCCCUCUUCUCUUUCUAUCUAACCUCUUCCCCUCUUUCUGACAAACAAACCCGAAUAUAUCCCCAAAUGCCAUCAUCACCGUCGACACCAUUAACGCUCCCGCCGCUGCCAUCGUCUCCGGCAAGUCCUACGUCCUGCUGCCGUCCGUUCCGUCUCAAUUCUGCGGCUCAUAGAACUUUGCCUAUGAUGCGGCCCGGAAGAGCCACAACCAACAAUCAAUCGCCUUCGUGAGACAGAACAGCACGCAUGCUACAUCUUCCUUCAACAGCGCCAUCAUCCCAGGUUCAGAUUGCCCUCUUCUUGGUGCUGAUGGUUGAUCUCUGUAUUGUUUCUGUGGGUUGCUUGAGAAGCCAAGGGUCGAGGCAUCUGAGAAGCCAAAGCCUGUUUCAUUUGGCAGUAUCAAUUGCAGAACUUAGCAACUUUUGCAUUGGUUGUAUUGUUACUUGCUUGCUACGUUGUUACAAAAUUCAAAGGAAUAAAAGGAAAAAGGUCUUCACGAUUUGGUGCCUACAUAUGUUGUUUCUCCUCUUUUUUGUCAUGGGGCAGCACAAGUGUUCUUAUUACUUGGGGGUGGUGAUGGGAAGUUAUUACAAAGAGAGCUGGAAGCUCAAAGACAACUUGUAGGUUAUGGGACUGGAUUGCAUUUGCUACCACGGUUGGGAUAAAUGGAGGCCCUGGUCAUGGUGGCUCACAUAGGCAAGGCAGUAUGAAUAUUUUAGCAAUAC